UCACUCCAAAAGUUUGACGUUUAUUUUCGGUUUCGGCUUGUACAAAAAAUUUCUCAUGGCGCAUUGCUGUUGAUCAAUUGUAAAUUGUAAAUUUUGUAAAUCCUAAGCCCAAGUUCAGGCGGUGUUAUUAAGUGGCAGGUAACAUGCAGCGCAUACUGUUGGCUCUGCUGAUGUUUCUGCAGCUGCUGCACUUGACUGUGACGGACGGCGGCGGCGUCAACUGCACAGCGCUGGACUUGCCACUGGCGGCGUGUGGCAAGUUCACUGCCAAUGGAUGUUGCUCCAAGGGCUGUGUGCGCAAUGCGCGCGACCGUUGCGUGCCUGAGACUUGCAUGGGCGGCAACUGGACGGGCUGGCUGAGUCGCCCGGCGAGCAUGUCCUGCUACUUUCACUGGUUCCUGCUGCUCUUCGCUGCAGCGAUAUUCGUGCUAAUGAUGGGCGUGCUGGUGUGCAACACCGUCUUCGAGAUUCGUCUCUGUUUGCGCAAGCGACGACGCAAUCGUUAUGUGCGCUUCAGUCCGCAUCAUAGCGCCGGCAGCAGCGUUGUUUAGCUACAAGCGAAGAGACAAGAGCGAAUAAAAGGAAGGAAGGAAGGAAAAGAAACUGUGCGGGAUUUGACAUAAUCUACAAUACAUUAGCGGUAGCUUUGCUCUGGCUUUCAAUUCAAUUCGUUGGGUAUCUGGCAUGAAAUCCAUGUAAAUUACGAGUUGCCACCUUGCCUGGCAGCGACUCGAGCGACAGCAACUCCAGGCGAAUCCUAUUACAUAGUAGUUAAAACCUGAUUAGGAUAUACUUGUGGUGGCAUUUUGCCUGCCUUAAAAACACCAAAUAACAAUAAAUGCGCACAUGUGAAACUCAA